GUGUGUGUGUGUGUGUGUGUGUGUGUGUGUGUGUGUGUGUGUGUGUGUGUGUGUGUGUGUGUGUGUGUGUGUGUGUGUGUGUGUGUGUGUGUGUGUGUGUGUGUGUGUGUGUGUGUGUGUGUGUGUGCGUGUGUGUGCUUGCGUGUGUAUGUGUGUCCCACAGCCAUCGAGCAGAGCAUCGAGCAGGAGGAGGGACUGAACAGAUCAUCAGCAGACCUGAGGAUCCGUAAGACACAGCACUCGACGCUGUCGCGUAAGUUUGUAGAGGUGAUGACUGAGUACAACACCACGCAGUCCAAGUACCGUGACCGUUGCAAGGACCGCAUCCAGAGGCAGCUGGAAAUCACUGGGCGAACCACCACCAAUGAGGAACUGGAGGAUAUGUUGGAGAGUGGCAAGCUGGCCAUCUUCACGGAUGAUAUCAAGAUGGACUCCCAGAUGACCAAACAGGCUCUGAAUGAGAUCGAGACCCGACACACUGAGAUCAUCAAACUGGAAAACAGCAUCCGUGAGCUACAUGACAUGUUCGUGGACAUGGCCAUGCUGGUCGAGAGCCAGGGAGAGAUGAUUGACAGAAUUGAGUACAAUGUGGAACACUCCGUGGACUACGUAGAGCGAGCUGUAUCUGAUACCAAGAAGGCAGUCAAAUACCAGAGCCAAGCGCGCAAGAAGAAGAUCAUGAUCAUCAUCUGCUGCGUCAUCCUGGGCGUGGUCCUGGCGUCAACCAUUGGCGGAACGCUGGGCUUCUAGAACAACCUCUAACGCCCUGCCCCCCCCCCCCCCCCCAAAACCAGCCCCUCCUCCCAACUACCCACCCAACCACUAACCCCCACCCUCCCAGCCCCCCCCCACGCCCUCCCUUCGACGACCGUUGCCGAGCCUGACCAACCCGCUCCACUGAGCGAAACCGACCGACCAACCAACCAACCAACCAACCAACCAACCAACCAACCCGACCGACAGCCAGCAGAAAAUAGAGAAAGACGACGAUUAACAGCAACAACACAAACAAAAAUGCAAGAGGGAUGGCCAGUCAGCUAGGAAGACACAACUCAACGAUGACAGAUAAGAGGAUAGAUGAGGUGUUCCCUGAGGCCGGGUGGGGGUUCAAAAAAACAAAGACAAAUAGAAAAAAAAUGAUAAAAAUGCCAUCACAUUCUAGCUGACUAAAACACAUAACGAAUACAAAAAAGAGAGUACAAAUAAGCCUAACUAUUUAUUACAAUUGUACAUGUAAAUGUAUUGUAUGAAGCAACACAUGGGUUAGCUACCUGUAAAGAAAUUAGGAUCUAUGCGAUUUUGCUUUGUUCUCUGUUUUUGUUUUGUUGAUUGUUUAUUUCGUUGUGGUGGGUCUCCAAGGACAGAACUAGUGGCUACUGUGGAUCUGUGGGGCAUCCAUCCAACAGCAAACUCUUUUUUUGUGUUGGAGCCAGAGUUUCUAAACAUAUUAUAGGAUGUAUUUGACUAUGCUCUUGUCAAUGUUGUAGAGACAUGUAGGAGUGAAGAAUGGUCACUUUCCACCGGGCAUUCUUCAGUUCUAAUGAAAGCAAUUCCAGAGCUAAAUACUUUGAGAGCGCGUCUUUCAGAACUUGAACGUGUUCUAGCAAUAACCAUUCUGGAACGCGGCGUCGUAGAGCUGAGCAUUCUGGGACGACGCCGAUCACAGUCUUUAGCUCUCCCUGUCGUAGUGAGCUAAAAGUAGAGCACUCACUCUCUGGCUCUUUGCACAACCUGUCUCCUUCAUGCUAAAACGAAGGAAAGUCAUCGACAAUGCAGGUAAUUCUUCGGAAACAGAUAGGUUACACACUUCUGUCCUUCCUUUAUUUGACCAAUUGGAGGAGCUCCCCAGCCAGCCACAAACUUGGCAUCAUUUUAUUUAUUUUUUCUUGGUCAUGGAAGCACACACACCUAAUAUGGAUGAGUCUGUUUCAGUCGGGCAGUUCAUUGGUUUGUAGACCACUGUGGAGGCUAGACAUUGACAGUGGCAGGUUGUCAUGGUAACCCCUUCUCCCCCCUCCCCCCCUCAACAUCCCUUUUCCAUUCAAAAAUUAUUUGAUGGAAGAGCAAAUUUGGCAGGGGUUUGGUUGGCAUGAAGAUAAAAGUGAGGCGGGGAAAGUGACAGACUAUGCAAACUAUGCAGCUUAGAAAUAAGAGAGACACCUUCUCCAACCCCCCUCCCCCCCUCACUUUUCCCCACCAAAAGUAGCCAAUAACAAACAAGGACUCAUGUGAAGGAGUAAUGAAGCAAAAAAAGAAUCAAUGCGCGUCAUUAUCUCGCUAUCGUACACAGACUUCAGGACUAUUCAUAAAGAAGAGAUUAUAUCAAAAAGUAAUUCCAUUAAAGGAUAGGAUAUUGGUCAACUCUAGAAAAUGUAAAAAAUACAAAAUAGACAGAAAAAAAAAUUGUAAUGCUGGCUUGUCCUGGUCCCCGAGUAUCACGAUGAAACUGGUUUCAUUAGGUUUUGUUUUUCCUUUUGGUUUCACUUUCAUUUUCCUCCAGGAAGGUUUACUUUGUUUCCCUGGCUCUGUGGUUUAGUGGUGCUGCUGUUUUUUAGUGCACGCGUGACGUGUUCCUGUGACGUAACCGUCUGCCAUAAUGACGUAGAAGCGUGUUGUAGUAGCUAUGGUUUCAAUACGUUCGCCUGUACGUUAGCCUUGCUAUCACGACCCCCCGGCCCCUCCCCCCUCGGUCCUCGCCCUUCCCCCUCUAAACCCCUCUAAACACACACAGCCCUCUCAUCUCCUCCUUUCCGAGUUUGUGUGUGUGUGUGUGUGUGUGUGUGUGUGUGUGUGUGUGUGUGUGUGUGUGUGUGUGUGUGUGUGUGUGUGUGUGUGUGUGUGUGUGUGUGUGUGUGUGUGUGUGUGUGUGUGUGUGUGUGUGUGUGUGUGUGUGUGUGUUCGAACACUGGACUUGAAUACACAUCAUAUAAAUGCCUGAGAUUUCCAGGUGCUAACAAAAUGGCCGUUGGGUGGAGAGUGGGAAAAUGACCUCGGGGCAGGGUGUCUUCUCAUUGGUGGAUUCUCUCUCUGAAAGUAUCACUAAACUCAUUCAGUAACAUGUAUGCACAUAGGAAACCCACAUGUAUUCAAAAACACACACCACUGCGUAAAAGUAAUGAUCCAUGAUGCUUCAUACAAAAAAAAGCCUCUUUCUCAUACUAUUCGAGUGUUUGUUAAGAUAGUACUGGGUGUACCACACAGACCUUAUAGAGACUAAAAGUGAGGGUAACAUAAUGAGAACAUUAAACAAAAAAUGCAAAUAUGCUUACGUUGGUAAGAGUGUAGAUUCAGUUGACUUUUAAGGCAAAAUCUGUUACAAGCAUAUUUUAUCCCAAAAUUGUGCUGUGGAACAGUGUGACAGAUUGUGUCUAAAUUCUGUUAGUGUCCAUGCAGAUAUGUUACAAAGGGCAGCACAUUGCUAGCAGUGUAGCAGGUUCUAUGAUGCAGAGGCGACCCUUGUCUCUGUUGAGGCCAACCUAAUAUUAAGUCUACCUGCACGGCACCUUAAUACCACUCCACACGCUCUACUACCCUAUCAAAUGUAUUAUUUAUUUCCACGUUGGUAUUGUUACACUAGACACAAAAUAACACAAUGAUACUUAGGUUUCACCAACACUACCGUGUAGGGUUACUGUAGACAGCAAAGUGCAGUUCUUUUUUUUGCUUUAGUGGGUGAGUGCUGUAAGCAUGGUGUGGAUUUUCAGCUAAUGUUGACCCAAAACCGCCGUCAACCUCUUCCCUGCCUGCAGCGCAAUCUCACUUGCGGAUGAAAAUGUGCGUGUGUGUGGGUGUGUGCACAUGCAUGUGUGUGUGUGAGUGUUUUUACACAUGCGUGAGCUAAGGUGUUAUGACAGUUUGGGGCCACCAACAUGCGAGCAUGAUUCAGUCUUAGAAAGCUACACUUGUGCCCACUGUGCCCCCUACCACCACCAACCAUCACAUCACCUACACACCUCAAAUACUCACUUCAAUACAUUCAAAUACAACAUGAUCUAUCACAAAAGAAGAGGACAUGAUUAUAUAGUGCACCUUGAGCAUGCACGCCUGCACUGUUCUCCGCGCUCAACAUUAAAGCAAUAAAAACAGUUCUGCUUUAGAUUUUCUUUAAUGAGGGAAGAUUUCCAGAUAGACUUCUUCGACCCAUUAUCUCCCCUGUGUGUCAAUCGGAAAAAACACUCUUAGCUAUGAAUAAGAUGCGCUACAUCACCGUUACAUUACUCCUGGCUGUCCCUGCAAGGAAUAGGCUUGAUCAAGUAGUAUGUGUUUGUCCACUACGUUUUUGGUUGUGGUUGUUGUUGUAGAAAUAGAAAUAGAAGUGUAGUUGUUUGUAUAUGCGGUGAAAGGCCAAGGCUUUUUAUUUGCCGUCCGAUUCAUCUGUAGAGAGGAGCAGAGGGACAGAUGAUUUUUUUAAAUAUAUUUUAUGUAUUUAUUUAAUUGUUGAGUUUCUUAAACCAAAACGUACUUAUGAAUUCAGACCAAAACCAAAGUAUAGUAAGCUUAUUUAGUCCUCAAAACAGUAAAAUUCCACUAGAUUUUUAUCUGAGAGAAAUUAUCUUAAAACUUUGUACUAUUGAUUGCUGAUGUUGCUUGCUGUGUGGCAUUACUAAGAUGUUUGGUAACAAGCUGUCAUGCUUUUUAUAAGUUAGAGUUUCCUAUACCGACAUGAACCAGCCAAUACAGGACUUCUAUCUCACUUACCUAUUGGCUGCUUCAACACACGUUCACAUAUAAAUACUCAACGUUGAUCCUUUUUCCGUUUGUAACUUAAAUAAUACUUAAGCGUAUUAUUGUUUUGUUUUAAGUGUAUUAACCACAACUAAACAGAACACAAACUGGACUAUCUAGCAACGUGUAUCUUAGAAGUUAUAGGUGUUAGGCUUAAAAUAAAAUGACAUGGAGGAGGGGUUAUGACAACAGUUAAAACACCUUUAAGGUGACCUGCACUUCAGGAGGUCAGCGAGAAAAAAACUCUGUUUCCAACUUUGACAUCACAACUGACCUCACUACAGUUCAUGUUUUGUACGCAUAAUCAGUCGGUUUUUAAAGUUGUCGGGCCGGCAGUUGCCAUGGUGAUUUUCUUUCGGUCAAAAUAAUCUCUGCUGUGGUAAGGGAUGGUCGUGCUGGUGUUGUCAAGGGGUCUGGUUUGUGGUAAUGUGUGAAUGGAUGGCUAUCUUAGUCAAAAGAUGUGUGUAAUAUAAAAUAAAGGGACCCCAAAUGAGGACCCCCUAUCCAUUUCAGCACUGGCCAGCAUGUUUGUUUUUUAAAUAUGCUUCUGUAGAUAAACUGUGCUUUGGUAUGUGUGUGUGUAUGUGUGUCUGUUUGUGUGUGUGUGUGUGUGUGUGUGUGUGUGUGUGUGUGUAUGUGUGUGUGUGUGUGUGUGUGUGCGUGUGUUUUAGCUUUUGCGCUGCAGAUAAAAGUGUAUUUUAAGCGGGCGUUUAAUUUUGUGUUCAGGCGUAUUUAUUUUGUAUUAAGUGAUUAAGCUAAUAUGGCAUGUUUCUUAUUAAAGGCUGGAAACAAGUCAAAUUAUCGCCAUCAAACAUACAAUUUUUCCCCAUUCUUAAAUUUUUGAACUGAAUACAACAUUAAAUGACACUAAAUGGACAUUGCAGGAAGUAUGUAAAAACCAUGUGUCCGUACAAUGGCUUUCAGGCCCCUCUUCCUGUUGGUGUUGUAGCUGUUGAUUGGUGGACGAUAAUGAUAAGGCGAGGAAGCCCGCCCACUUUUUUGCCACCGGGCCCCGUCCCCUUCCGUUGUGUGUACUAAUAAUAUAAAGGCAUGCAAAUCUUUGAGCUUCGUGGAGUUUGCAUGGUGACGUCUUUUGUUCUUCUACUUUCUGCUCCCCCUCCUUCUACCCCCCACAACCCCCAAAACCCCUCACUUGACCCCCAGACACCCAAGCCAUGUUGUGCACUUUAUCGCUGGUCUGAAUCCCCUCCCCCCACCAAGCUUUUCCACCUGCAGCCAACUCAAGAUGCUCUCAUGCAGUACUCAUGCAGUACUCUGGUUUGGACAGUUGCUGGUUCUAACAGUCUUCAGUUGGAAAUAUGUCCCACACGGUAGAGCGUGUGGAAGGCUUCCUCACUGUGGGACAGGGAGCGUCCGAGAGAGGGGGUCCUUUGUAAAGGCUGUCGGUUUAUUUCUUUAUUCCGUUGUAUAGUCAUCCAUCUCUGGAUGGUCUGAGGCCAGGGGAUGUAAUAUCCCCAUCCCCCCAUCCCCUGCCCCCGAUCACACGCCCCUUCCGCAAAAGCCCCUCCCCUUCACUAGGAAAUGGUAGUUAAUGGUAGUUCUUUUGAAUCGUUUAUGAGUCGUUUGUUUUCGUGGCUACAGUGUACCGUGUGUUUGUCGUGAGAAACUUGCCCUUCCUAUUUUGGAAACAUUUGGUUCUUCUUCCGAUCGGCAGAAAAAACCUGCAACUUGUAGAGUUCCUUUUUUUUUACCCAGCAUGCCCUUGCCCUCCUCCUGCCCCCGCCCCCACUCUUCCUGCCCCCCCUCCCUACCCCCCACCACCCAUCCCCUACUCCUCCGUGGUAUAAAGAUUGGUAUCUAGAUGUGUGUAUGCGCAAGCGCACGUCACCAGUUGCGUGAGCAUGUACGAGCAGCGCAAGUUGUUUCUGUGUGUUUGUUCGUUUGUUUUGGUUUUUCCUUGUGAUGGGAGAAAAAAAUGUCAGAAAGGAACAGAUGCGAUGAGAAUAUACAUAUUUACUGAGGCUAUUAUUAUUACUGGCAUUCUAUUUAUUAUGGAAAAAACGAAUGAAAAGCAACUGCUCCUUGCUCCGCCCCCCCCACCAUCCUUAAUCCCACGCAAUUGAAUAAAUGUUCACCGUUAAUAUGAAAGAGCACAACGCGAGUGGAGUUUACACUUAGUUUACAAUCACAAAUGUAGGAAACAUAAGCGCUAACCGUAGCUAAAUAAUAAAGCUAACUGAAACCUUGCCCCUCACCUGCCAUUUCGUUCACUAGUAGGCCUAUGUGGGUCUGUCGGCCAGGCGAUCCAGCUUCGAGAAACGCAUUGAUAAACAGAAUGCAUAGAUUUAUUAUGACCACCACACUCUGAUAACCACACAUGUUUCAUCAUUGUUUUCUUGAUGAGGUGAUUCAAACGAUUAGAGCCAAACUACGGUUUACGGUAACGACUCGUACACACACCUCUUCCUGGCUGACUUAACUUUUGUGAGACAAUGGUGGUGCUUUAUCCUGGUUAUUAUUGAUUAUUAUCAACAAUAAUAUUUGUUUUGUAUAAUUAUUAUACUUACCAUUUGAUUCUGAUGAUGGUUAUUGCUAUUGUGUUCUGUACAACCUAUCUACCGGUCUCCAUGUUCACACUCCAGUAGCGAUGCCUUGCUGUAGGUUCCAGGGGUGGCUCACCACUCAGUCCAGAUACUACAAUACUACACUUUUUUUGGGAGAGUGACAUCACUCGUUUCAAUAUGUAUAUGAUUUAGAUAACGUGCAGGUAUAUAAUUCAGAUGGUGAAGAGUUGAACUCCUACGAACCUAACGGCAUUGUUCUGUGUGUGUGUGAGUGAAGACUGUGGCCUUGUCAACUGAAAUCACAUAUGUAGGGAACAAUAACAUAUAUAUAUAUAUAAUAUAUAUAUAUAUAAAAUAUAUAUUUACCUGUAUGUAUGUGGCUGUGUAGCCAUCUUGCUUAAAUCAACUGUGUAUCAAUUAAAACAUUUUUGGUCAGAGCGUUGUAUGAAACACGGAGGAACAAAAAUGGUUGGGGAGCACAACUGCACAUUCUUAAACUCAGACUAUUCCACUUAAAGCAGGAGUUGAAGUUGUCUACGGAAAUCUGAAGCGGGAACCGGACAGGACGAGUGGUCUGUCCUGACCCACUGGUUAAUCACACACCGUUCCUCCAAUCACAUUCAAGUCUGCAGUCGGAGAAGAAAGUUGUUUUGCUCGCCCAUCAUUUUGAUCUUCCAUGCAGAACGAAAUUCAAAACCAAAACCUGUUUAGUACCUCGCUCUGGAAGAGGAAAUAUUUUAUUUCAUUAUGUUUCUAUUUAUUUCAAUGUGACCUGCUUCCUGGGCAGCCACGGCCAUGACUACGUGUCUAUAGGGGUGUACGCUGAUGACAUUGAUGUAUUUAUUUAUGUAUUUAUUAUUCACUGCCCAGGUCCAUCCGCCCGCCACCCCACCCCCUUCCUUCUCCUCCUCUUAUUCUCUGCUCUCUCCAGUAACUGAGACAGUAUUUGUUUUUGUAUCAGUGUUUCUUUGUCACCAGUAGGAGGGGUGGUGGUAGGGGCCAACUGAAGGGAUGUGACCAUAGACCACACCCACAAGGUCUCCAUCAUAGCCAAAAGGAGUCACACACUUAAAUAAUCAGUACAUACAUUGUCAUUACUAUCAUUAUUAUUAUAAUUAUCGUUAUUAUUAUUAUUAUUAGCAUUGUUGCUAUUAUUGUUAUUAUUACGAUAUAUGACAAAGAAAAAUGCAGUACGACUAUAAAAACCCCGGCGGGAGAAAGACAGAGCUUCAUGCGAAGUGAUCAAACGUACUCAACAACUUUCAAAAUGGGAGGUUGUGAUGAUUCUAUAAUAGCAAUGAUUUAAAGAAACACAGAGGGUUAUGUUAUCAUUAAUAAUAGUAGUAAUAUUGAAUAUUGAAUGCUCGCAAUUUUGUCAAAACUGAAACUGGAUUCUUUGUGUUAUGUAAUUAUUGUAAAUAACUUCAAAGAGAGAAAAAAUGACUUGCAUGUCUAUGUAUAAAUCUACUGAUAUCUCUAUUCCUGUCAAAGUUGACAAGUUGCUCCACCUCUGUCCUUUUUCAACUGUAUCGCUAGUAUCCUUUGCUUUAUUUUCUCUCUUCUCUUUCACCCCCUCCCCGCCCCUCAGCCCCCCCCCCCCCCCCCCCCCCCCCCCUCACACUCCACCUCCACUUCCACCCCCUGAAAGUCGAGUGGUGGUGGUGGACCCCCCCCCCAGUUCCCCGCGCCCUUUACUUUGAGGCACACCUGGGUGGGGGCGCAGGGAGAUCGAGUGAGAGAGCACAGCUUACAACGUCCUCGUCUGCCAUUCCAUGCUCAGAAGCUGCAUUGACAACUCCCAAAAAAAAACCUAGUUAGGCCCAUGGGCUAUUUCUAGAAGCUGAAAAUACAUUAUGUUAUAAUAUAUAUAGAUACCACUGUGGCUCUACGACUAUAGAAGGCCCAGGGGUUGUUUAGUUAUAUUAUGCAAUUCGAUUCAUAUCUAUUUAUUUUUCAGGGUUGUCUUAACACAAGGAGAUUUUUCCCCACGCAGGCUUUAUAGUGACCCCUUGUCCAGCCGUACAAUGAAAAGCUCUGAUCUAGAUCCAAAAAAAACAAUCAUACCGGUGCAGUUGUGUGCAUGCAAUGUAGACGCAUCCUGAGCCACAACCCCUUCUUGCCAUUACUCCACAUCCAGAGGCCCCGCCCACUGGCUCCUCUGAUGAAAGUGCUUCCCUCCAUAUAAUGAUACCGAGGCCCCAAGGGGCCAACAGUCCACCUCACCUGACAACCAACACCGUGCACGCUCUCUCUCUUUCCCCCCAGCGGCCGUCUCCGCCCAGUGCCGCCCACCCACAACCCCCCCUCGCUCUGUCUGUCUGUCUGCUUGUCUGUCCUGUCUGCCAGUUUCUCCUUCUCUGAACGCAUCUCUCUCCAGCCACAAUGUCCCUGGGAGUUAACUCCCGCUCUCUGUCGGUGGGGGGCACAAGCAUAGUCCUUUUACAAGACACCAUAUACCUUUUACAAUUGAUGAUAUGGAGCCAGGAUUCCACCAGGGGCCUCCUGAAGAGGGAGGGGCCCUAGCCUUACACCCUAGGCUGUAGUGACCGUGAGUGCAAUACACACAGGGUUUUCUAACGACAGAGGACAAACAACACACAGCCUUUCCUCUGUGGCGCCGGCUCUCCCCUGUACUGGACGACUCAGAGAGCGUCCAUCUUGAAGCACCCGUAGCCAAAUGAACCUUCCUGUUCCCCUCAGGAACGCGCCGACGCCCGAGAGGAGGUCACCAUAUAGACGUUACGGAUAGGGGGGUUGGGGGGGUGGUGGUGGGAGGAAUGUGUGAACAUGCAGUAAAGUAAGAUCGUGCACAGCCCCAUCACCACCCGCCAUUUUGUUUUGACGUAUUAAGAGUAGUGGGGUGAGAGGAGGGGAGGAGGUGAGAGGGGAGGGGAGAAGGUGAUGCGACAGAGACAAGAGGCAUAAAAAGACAAUAAAUAUCCAAAAACAGCAGCGACAACAACAACAUAAAAAAUUAAACAAAAAAUAGAGAGGACAGGGCGAUGGCUUCUUGGCCGCAACUUUGACCGGAAAAUGCAACUUGUGUCCCGUUUUUGUGUGUGUGUGUAUGUGUGCGUAGCGUAAUGUAAAAGCGAUCUGUCCCCCCCCACCCCCACACACCCCCUAACCUCUCCCCAACCUGCCCCACCCCCAUUUCCCCCUAAUCCCCCCGUCCCGUCCCCCCUCUCUCGUACUGCUGUUGGCUGUUCUGUUUAGUUCAUGUGACGUGCCAGUAUCCCCAUGCCCUGCCCCCUUCUCGAUAUCUCCCUCCCUCCUCCUUCCCCUUUCUCUCUCGCUCUCCCCCUCUCUUGAUCUCUCUCUCUCUCUAUCUCUCUCUCUCUCUCUCUCUCUCUCUCUUUUUCUCUCUUUCAAUCCCUUCUCCUCCUCCUCUCUCUUUCUCUCUCUCUUCAUGGAUCUUUAAGAUGACAACUCUAUGCAGAUGCUGUCUUUUAUAAGUGUGUCAAAUUUUAAUUUAAAACAAAAACCUAAAAAAAAUAAAAACAACCCCGACAGACAUAUUGAAAUGAUAACAAAAAACGAAUAAAGAAAAGGAUUGUUCAGUGUA